AUGUUUCCGCUCUCACAUACACAGACCUUCGGCGUCACCAUAGACCGCCAGAUUAUCGCGCUUCUCCUCACAGUCGAAUUAGCCCCGGAAUUGCCCCAGAAUCUGCUGGUCCAAAACCUGCCCCCACUACUGCAUGUCCUGUUUCUGAAUAUGGACAGGACAAGUGAAGUGCUAUACACCUCUUGUAAGACUCUCCUGGCGAAUCUCAUUCACAAACUGGUCUCACGAGACACCUCUGCGUAUCCCAUCCAGGACGCGGCCAGGACCACCAUCGCAAUGCUCACAGCCGAUGACGACACCAGUCUGUGGUCCAAAGAAGACCUGAACUUGGAUGUAAAGAUAUUGCAGCCACUGGAGAGCUCGUUACUACUAGGCACACUCGUGAAACAGCAUGUACACAUUCAUACCAUCCCGUCCUUCCCCACACAGGUUAUCUUCCUUCUGAGCCCGAUCUGCCACAAGCUAGUAGAGCAUUGGUCGUCCGUUGCUCAUGUGUGGGCUGUGUCCUGCACUAGCUCGGACCAUGCCAGUCGGUCGCUGCAGACACUGCGUGCGUUGGGUCUCUCUCUCAAUGGGCAGGUGCUGGUCGACUUCUUUGAACGCCUAGUGCACUGUGUACUGGAGGAGGAGAAGAAGCCUCAGGCGUUCGUCGGUGAAGUGUUCCUGACCUUCCGCUGCUUCAUUGAGGAUCUGAGCCCCAACGGCCUGGCGUCGUUCCCUCAGCUGGCCUGGUGCUUUGUCAUUCUCUUAGCGUGCAACAGCGAAGAUGAAUGGCGACACGCCGCACAGCUACUUGAUCUGUGUGCCACACGCAUCUCGUUUGAACAAAUAAGACCGGCGGUGAUUGAUAUGGCUAAGAAGUGGCCCCAGUUUCCGGGUGUGCACUCGCUG